AUGUAUAGGAAACAACCGACUCUAACCAGCAUACCAGAACGAAACGAGAACGAGGAUGAGCAACUAACUCACAAAUGGGUGCCGAAGAAGAAACACGAAGUUCUUAAAGCUAAGUAUAAAUGUUUGAAGAAAUUGUUCCAAAUAUACGAUGCUAGCGUGAUAGGGAUCCUGCCUGAGUCUUACGGGCCAGAGGGGUACUUGGAAGAAGAUCUAAAGUCGUCUAAGAAGAGAAAGAAGCGAUCGCAUCGCACGAAAACUGACGCAUGCGCCGGGACGAACGAGGUGUCGAGCGGUGACGUAUCAAUCCACACGGACAGUGACAAAGAGUCCAUAGCGACUUCUCUAAUCAGAGACCUUAAAAUAACGAAAUGUUCCUGCACCUCAACGCAGAUGGAGUCCGUACUACCUAAAGAAAGUAAAUACGCCGUCACGCAAGACUCUAAGGACAAUAUGACCCUAGAAAGGGCUGUUACAAUCCCGAAUAUACCAGAACGCGAUCGUUUUGAAGGUCACGAACGCCACGAGCGUCUUGAAUGUCAGGAGUGCGAGUUUACCCAGACCAGCGAUUCCCAUCCACAUCCUCAUCCCCAUCCCCAUUCCCACCCUCCACCUCAUCCAGUUCCUUACCUCAUGAUGAGCGAGAAACGCAAGCUGACAAGGUUUCAAUGUUUCAUCCAUCGAAUUUUCGGUAUACGGCGGGAAAGACCAUACAAAAACUACGUGUUGCCGAAUGGCCAUGUUUACGCCGCAAGCGAUAACAAUAUUUCCCAUAAUUUCUGCGAUAAGAGACGCCGUCGUGGCUUGAGAUUCCGAAGGUUGCGACGUCCCAAGAAGAUUCAGUCGGAAAUCGCUUUAAGAGAUGUGAAAAGCCCUGUCAUUUUGACCUAUGUGCAAUCUGUGCAGAGGAACUGUUUGAUGGACACCACUCCACGGCAGUGUCCGAUUCUGGGGUGUCGUAUGAUCUCUUAUGGUAUAAUCAACUACAACGACCACCUCAAUCUCUGUCACUUUCCCGACAGAAAACACAUCUGCCAUUACUGCCAUGAAGGAUUCGAAACAGAGUAUGAAAAGUACGUCCACGAAAACGAACACAUCGGCAUCUCAAAGCUUGGAGACAUUGGCAUCUCCAAAUUGAGAAACACCAACAUCUCCACCCCAUCUGCCACGAGACUGACCUUCAAGAAAGCUAGCAACACUCAAACUGACCCAGAAACGACCAAAUGUGAAGUACCAGAAGAUAAAUUGAAGAAGAUUGUGUCAUUUUUCGACAAAAUAUCUGAUCCGGAUCAAAUAUUGUCGGAAAUCAAGAAGAACAGAUUCUCGGAAUCAAAUUUGCAGCAGUCUAAGACGGCGACGCUUGCGACGGCAGAUGAGUCUGAUUCGUCAGACAAGCGUACAGUGAGCUGCGUCAAUCUGCACCGCAAGAUCGCCAAGUGCAAGAGUGCUUCGUCUGCCGAAUCUGAGGUGACUUCGAAACACCCGUACAGCUCGCCCAUUACAUGUCAUAUUUGUGGAGAAAAUUUCAAUAACAGACGGCAGCUAAGCCUGCACGUGGACUUGGAACACCGCGUGCACGACAAGUUUUCGAAAUUCCACAGCUGCGCAGGCAUCCUAAAUCGUAGAUCUCUCAAUAGAGUCGACAUGGUAUCUGAAGAUGGGAAGAUUCAAGUUCAAAGCCUAGAUAGGUCUCAUUCGGGGAUCCAUAGGUCUAAUUCCGAAGUCAGUCAGGACACUUUUUCUGAAGUGUCACACAGAAGGUCGGAGGAGAGUCUGAGUUGCGACCCCUCCACCAAUAUUGUUUAUUAUACGUCCAUGGAAACUGUGAAGAAGCCGUCUGUUGUGAAUAGUAUCGUCAAGAAGGUUCGAAGUGGAUUCAGCAGCUACAAAUGGGAACCAGGAACUAAAAUUAUUCGUGUGUAG